AUGUGAAGGAGGAGCCAAGAGGUGGGGGAAACAACGAGGAAGUGUUGUGGGAGGAGAGAGACAGAGUGGAAGCGAGAAACGUUCCUCCCCGGCUUUCCUUUUUUUCUUCUGAAAUAAUUUAGUUCAUCUCAGUCAUACACAAUCAAAACCAGCUUAAUUCUUCAAAUUGGAAAAGCGAACUUGAGUACUACUACUUUUCCUUUGUGAAUCUGAUUCUGCGGCUACGGGCUAUCAUAUUUGUGUAGUGUUACUUUUUUCCUCAGAUCUAGUGUCUGGAUGGCAGUUACCCCUUCAAUAAUCAACAGUCUUCUCUUUCUCCUAUAUACAUAGAAAUCAAAUUAAUCAGAAUUGCUUUUGGAGGCCUCUAAAAUAGAAGAUGACGAACGAAAAGAAAUCGUCAGCGAUAUCUGAUGUGGGAGCAUGGGCCAUGAACGUUGUUAGCUCCGUCGGAAUUAUCAUGGCCAACAAACAGCUCAUGUCCAACAAUGGCUAUGAUUUCAGCUUCGCCAGUACGUUAACUGGGUUCCACUUUGCUGUAACUGCUCUCGUUGGUCUAGUGUCAAAUGCUACCGGUUACUCGGCGUCAAAGCAUGUUCCUAUGUGGGAGCUUCUUUGGUUCUCAGUGGUUGCUAAUAUGUCUAUCACGGGGAUGAAUUUCAGCCUCAUGCUCAACUCCGUUGGAUUCUACCAAAUAUCAAAGCUAAGCAUGAUUCCUGUGGUUUGUGUGAUGGAAUGGAUCCUUCACAACAAGCAUUACUCAAGGGAAGUGAAAAUGUCAGUGGUGGUUGUGGUUAUUGGUGUUGGUGUUUGCACUGUAACUGAUGUAAAAGCUAACCUCAAAGGUUUCAUGUGUGCCUGUUUAGCAGUUUUGUCAACAUCUUUACAGCAAAUUUCAAUAGGUUCUCUACAAAAGAAAUAUUCAAUUGGAUCUUUUGAAUUGCUGAGCAAGACUGCUCCCAUUCAGGCCCUUUUUCUUCUUAUUCUUGGUCCAUUUGUUGAUUACUACCUCAGUGGCAAAUUGAUAACCAACUAUAAGAUGUCUUCUGGUGCCAUUUUAUGCAUUCUUCUUUCAUGUUUGCUAGCUGUAUUUUGCAAUGUGAGCCAGUACCUUUGCAUCGGGCGCUUUUCAACCGUUUCCUUCCAGGUUUUAGGCCACAUGAAAACAGUAUGUGUUCUGACAUUGGGAUGGCUGCUAUUUGAUUCAGAGCUAACUUUCAAGAAUAUAAUGGGAAUGAUUAUCACAGUUGUUGGCAUGAUAAUUUACAGUUGGGCUAUGGAAGCUGAAAAGCAGUCCAAUGCAAAGACAUUUUCUCAAGUGAAAAACAGCCUGACGGAAGAAGAAAUUAGACUAUUGAAGGAUGGAGUAGAAAAGAGUCCUCUCAAGGAUGUUGAACUUGGUGAGGCUAAAGGAUAGAUUGACUUAGAUCUUGGUGGUAAAAUUUGAUGGGAAACGAAUGCAGUCAAUUAAAAUGUUCAUUGCUUUAAUUUGGUUUGUGCUUUUUAUCUAGUUUACAUGGUAGUAAAAGUUGGUGUCUAUCAGCUUUCACUCUCACAGAAUCAUUUUAGAAGUUGUGUUCCUGUUCAUUAGUUAAAGAGCGAUGUCAAUCCCCUCAGAAUCAUUUAUUGGUGUACACUAAUAAAAAGCGAUAUCAAUCCCCUCUUGUAAUUUCUUUUCCCGUUCCUUUUGUUUAUUUUAAUU